CUACACAAGCAUUUCACCUAGAGGCUGAAAUGCUUGUUGGCUAAAGUAAUUUUGUUUUUUAAUUCUUGUCUGUUACGAGCUUAGACCAUUAUUUUAUUUAUUAUUAAUGGUUUAAGGUGGCAUCCGCUUUUCAGAUAUUUUUUAUCAAUAAUUUUAUCUUAUCUAUCGUAAUAUAUUUUGAAUGAUAACAUUAAACCUAAUAGGACACACCGAUACUGAAACUAUUGAAUCUAUAAUAUGUUUAGUUUAGUUUAGAUAUCGUUACACGUAAACAUGUUUUUUUUUGUUUCGUUGUAUUUGCCCAAUUUACUAAUUCAGGUAUAAGUUAAGCAGACAAUAUGGUGUGGGAUACUUGUAGCAUAGUUUUGCACGGUGGCUCUAAUGGAUCUUACUUUACGAAUGAGAUUGUCACAGGUUCUGUGGUUUUAGAGUUGAAGCGAGAGCGUAAGUUAGAACAAAUGUUUUUGAACAUUAGUGGAAAAGCUAAAGCAAUGUGGACAAGGCCUUUAGCAACAGCACCAUAUGUACAAUUUUAUUCUCAAACAAAAAAAGUUCUUUACAUCUCCCUUACAGUUUUUAGAGAACUACAAGGAAAAACUGUUGGACCUGGUGUAAUUAGUUGCCAGUUUGAUUUUAUGCUACCACCUGAUAUACCACCAACUUUUAAAGACUCGAUCGCUAGAGUACGUUACAAAAUAAAAUUAAGCAGUAAGAAUGUCAGUAAAAUGAUGUCAACCCAAAUGACUAAUUUUAUUGUGGAAGAUCGUCUUAAUCUAAAUCAUAUCGAGGAGUAUAUGAAAAUAGUUUACAACAUUACUUCAGGGUCCUACAAUACGGAUAAUAUUAUUUGUAAAACAAAACAUAGUGAAAUAAUAAGUAAAGCUAGAGAAAUUUUUGUGCUUAGCAUGGAUAUUCCUCAAAUAAUAUCUUCUACAACCAAUCAAAGUGAACCUAUGGUUGAUAUUUCGUAUGUAUUACAAGUAAAAGUUAACUUUCGAUUUCAUCUGCCCAUUCAUAUUGAUAUACCAGUAAUAGUUGCGUCUAUUCCAGUUACUCACGGUAUUUUCUUUAAAUAAAUAAAGUACAUUCUUUUUCA